GUCUCAGGUUAAAUUUUCAUUUUUCAGAUGACACCUUUCUAUGUGUCUGUAAACCUUUUCCUUGGCCGAGCCUGGGAUGCGAUCACAGACCCUUUAGUGGGCUACAUGGUCAGCAAGAGUGGACGCACAUGCAUAGGCAAGCUCAUUCCAUGGAUUGUAUACUCCAUGCCUUUGGGAGUGAUCGCCUACAUCAUGCAGUGGUACACUCCCCAGGACAGCAUGUCUCCUGUCUUCAGCUUUUGCUGGUACUUUAGCUGGUGCUGUCUCUUUGACACUUUAAUGAGUUGCUACCAUGUGCCCUACACUUCCUUAAACAUGUUUUUGGGUGGUGAUCAAAAAGACAGAGACUCUGCCACUGGCUACAGAAUGGGAAUAGAGAUGUUUGCAACAUUGGCAGGAGCCACCAUUCAGGGACAGAUUGUGGGCGUGUAUCAAGCAAUAUAGCAAAAAAUGCAUAAA